AUGAUCUCAACCCCUCUAUUCCUAACGUUUUUAACGUUCCUCCUCAAUUUUGUGAACGCAAGUCCUGAUAGGACAACAAGAACUAGGCCUACUCCUACUCCAACCAGAUGUGUCCCUACUUCUACUGAAACAGCACCGGGAACUAUAUCAUACCCUCAAUGGCCUAGCGCUGGUCCUGGAGAAGGAAACUCUCUCUCCUGGAGCGUAAACUGGGUUUUCAUUGCCUGCUCCGUCUACACCAGCAGCAGCUGCACCGGCGACACCACCGGCUGUGACCCCUCCUGCUGCAACAAAGGGAGCUGCGGUCUCUCCUCCACCACAAACCUCCUCCUCUCCCCGAGUCCCUCCUCACCCUACUACACCAUCUCUGCGCUCGCUCCAUCGACGUCCUUCACAAUCUUUAAUAUCGUUUUCACUACCGGCUACUUCCUCCCUCAAUAUCCGUCCGUCACUAUCGAGAUCACUGGAACCCGCGCUGACGGGACUGUACUUGCCCCGCAGAGCUUCAUCAUCAAUAAGCCAUACGGUACUUUCUACACCGCCGUGGCCAAGAAUCUGGUUCAGAUGGGGCUCGGGAAUGUGAAGGAGUUGAGGUUCCUGGCGUACUACACAGGUACUUGGGGCGCGGGUGGGCAAGGUCCGGAUGGGAGGGUAUUGGCCGAGUCGAAGUUGGACGGGGACGGAAGCGGUGGCCCGAUUAGAUACGAGGCUUAUACGCCACGUUGCAGGAGGGGAUACCGGAGGAGUGCAGGAAUUGAGGAAAGAGACGGGGGCGAAAGUAAUAUCGUGAUUGGAAGUAAGAAUGGCGAGACUGACUGGCAUUAG